AUGGCCUUGUUAAAAGGUAUUACGGCUGUGGCGCUGCUUGCUGCGAGAGCGGCAGCAACGAUCUAUUAUGCCGGCGUGGCGGAGAGUAGCGGGGAGUUUGGCGCGUGGAGUGCAACCUCGACCGUUGGAACCGGACUCCCUGGCCGAUUUGGAGUCGAUUAUGCAUUCAUCGAGAAGAGUGCAGUUGAUGUCUUUGUUGAUCAGAAUAAGGUCAAUCUAUUCCGAGUUGCCUUCCUCCUCGAGCGAAUGUGCCCUCUAGACUAUGGCCUGGGCGCGAAGUUUAAUGAGACUCAUUAUGACUACUUUGCCGAUGCCGUAAAUUACAUUACUAAAACUAAAGGAGCGUAUUGUAUCCUUGACCCACACAACUACAUGAGAUACAACGACCCAUCUCAGCAACCCAUGACAGGCAGUGUCAUUGGAAAUACCGCAGAUCUAAAGGCGGCGACCACCGCACAGUUUGGAGAGUUUUGGGGGGAGUUGGCAGGGAGAUUCAAGGACAACGAGAAAGUUAUCUUUGGUCUGAUGAAUGAGCCACAUGAUAUGGAAACAAGUUUGGUACUUGCCAAUAAUCAGGCCGCAGUCGACGCAAUUAGAAAGGCGGGCGCGAACCAAUUGAUUCUGGCGCCAGGAAAUUCUUGGACUGGCGGACAUUCAUUCACACAGAGUUGGGAAGGCUACUCGCCCUCUUCCAGCGAAGCGUUACUUAACCUCAAGGAUCCUAUGAGUAACACUGCCAUUGAUAUCCAUGAGUACCUCGAUGUAGACUACUCAGGUUCACACACUGCCUGCAACCAGUCCGGCCCAGCCAACCUUGCGGCUGUAACCGCCUGGCUCAAAGAGAACUCGCUCAAGGCAAUGAUCACCGAAUUCGGUGGCUCCAAUGGUACGCAAUGCGCUGGAUACAUUAGUGAUCUCCUCCAGUAUAUGGAUGAUAACGAGGAGUAUAUUGGCUGGACUGCAUGGGCUGCUGGCCCCUUCUGGGGACCCAACAGUCCUUGCUGCACGGAUAGCAAACAGUGGGGCAGUUUGGAACCAGGAAGCAAGGCCAGUGAUGGCAGCCCUGGAUUGUAUGAUACAGUUUGGUUGAAGGUGAUGCAGGCGUUUGUACCCAAGUCACUGCAGUGGGAGGGGAUAAGCAGUGUUAAGGGGGGUGUUUUGAGUGCUAAGGGGUCAUGA